AUGUGUAAUUAAAUCCCUUCAAAUCAAACCACAUCACAUCACAGACUAAUGGACACAUGCUGCCUCAUAACUUCACUCCAUUCAACACCUCUCAAGACCCUGACAGAUGUUUGAGCGACAGGCCCAUUUCUCGAUGCUGCAGAGGCUCAAAAUUCCACAAGCAUUGGCUCAUGUUUGGGGCCAUGUAUAAGAAGCAUGGACCACUAGGCAAAGAGCGUGCAUUUGUGAGCAGAGCUUUGCAGAAGAUCAACACAGCAAGACCUAGAAGUCCAGAAACUCUAAAAUGAGUCGCAGCUCUGAAAGGAUCUCGUCCUAUCGCCGGCACUUCGAGGAUGCCAGCACCUCUUCUUUCCAGGUGAGGGUAAGCAGCCCCUCUCCCGUCAGACGGGAUGCUGGGAGGUGCCGUUCAGCCAGCUACUCCCGUAGUGCCAUAGCUGUCAGCAGCAACAAGGUGGUGGGCCGCAGGACCAUUUCAUCCUCACGCAGCCGUCCCCUCAUGAGCGGUGUCGAAAUGGGGGCCAUCUGUGUUCGUGUAGGUUCAGCCGUCGAUCUCGACCAAGCUGCUGCAGAAAACCGUGAAUUUCUCAGUACAAGAACCAAUGAGAAAAAAGAGAUGGUCUUGCUUAACGACCGACUGGCAGCUUACAUUGACAAGGUCAGAUCGCUGGAGCAACAAAAUAAAUUGUUGGAGACGGAAAUCGAGGCCUUCCAGAAUCGAUAUUUGAAGCCCACCGGCCUCCGCCUGUUGUACGAGGAGCAACUGAAGGAACUGAGGAGACUGGCUGACCAAAUGAAAAUGCAACGGGACCAUGCUGUAGCUGCAAAGGAUUCUAUGGCGGGUCAGCUGGAGAUGAUAAAGGUUAAAUAUGAGGAGGCUGUGGAGAUGAGGAAGAAAGCCGAGCUCGACAUCGAGGCUUUCCGUCCGGACGUGGAUGCCGCAACCUCCACGCGCAUUGCUUUGGAAAAGCAGCUGGAUAACUUGGAGGUGGAACUAGAAUUCCUCCAGAGAGUAUACAGAGAGGAAAUCGAUGACCUUAUGAAACAGAUAUACGCCGCCCAUGCCACAGCUCAAGACGCUUACUCCCUUCCCGACCUGUCAGCCGCUCUCAAGCAAAUCCAACAUCAGUAUGAUGACAUUGCGGCAAAGAAUUUACAGGAAAUGAAUUCAUGGUACAAAACUAAAUUCGAGGACCUCAACAACAAAUCGACAAAACAUGUGGACAUGACUCGACUCAUGAGAGAGGAAAUUGUUACUGCAAAGAAAGAUAUUCAAAAUAAGGAGCAGGACUUGGAGUCUUUGAAAAUCAAAAAUGAGGCUUUGGAAGCAAAGAUCCGGGAGACUCAGGAGAAGUACAAAAAAGAAAUACAGGAGCUUCAGGCAAGAAUUGAAGGACUGCAGCUGGAGCUGAAAUCUACCAAAGAAAAAAUGGCUUUGCUUCUGCGUGAAUACCAAGAGCUGCUCAAUGUUAAAAUGGGCCUCGAGAUUGAAAUUACCACAUAUAGGAAGCUUAUUGAGGGUGAGGACUCUCGACUGACUGCCACGGUGCACAGCAUGCAGACCAUGUCCAUUAUGAGUGGCAGUGUGAGUGUCCACAGUGCUGGAGCUGCAGGCGUUGCAGGAGCCGUGGGCACUGGAGGUCUUGUUGACGGCAUCACUGAUAGGACUGGGGUUCCGGGCACCUCUUCUGACUACUCUCAAGAACAAGCAGUGGAGAUGACUGAGAGGAAGACUGUUCUCAUCAGAACAGUGAAAACAGAGGAUGACACAGUGCAAAGCAACACACAGGAGAAAACUUAUUCCAUCUCUGGAGCAGCAGAUGACGAAUAGUAGUGCUGUUACCUGCCCAACCAUUUUAUUUGCAUCUUAAGUGUGCCCAAAUGUGCAUGUGCCUUACAAAUCAAAAAAUGUA